AUGGCCAGCCAAGCACAAGUCAACCCCAAGAGGCAACAGGAGCUCCAGCUCCAGUACUCCAACUACAAAAACACGCUACAACAAUUGGCGCAGAAGAUCGGUGACAUCGAGCAAGAAGCAGAGGAGCAUAAGCUUGUUAUCGAAACCCUCGACCCCCUUCCUAAGGACCGGAAAUGCUUUCGGAUGGUGAACGGUGUUCUGGUAGAACGGACAGUUGAGGACGUUCUCCCGUCUCUCAAGACAAACUCGGAUGGAUUGAAGCAGGUCUUGGAGGAGCUAUUGAAGCAAUACAAGUCGAAGCAGACGGAUCUGGAUAACUGGAAGGUAGGCAGAUUAGUCUCUGGUGGUCCUCGUAUGUGGGAUGCUAGAUGGAUUGCUAACUAUUCUGUUCGUUUUUCAGAAGAAGAACAACAUCCAGGUUGUACAGCCUUAGAAGCAACGGUGCUUGUGUUAUCUCACGGUUUCUGUAUCCUCUUCAUGCAGCGUUAUACACUGAAAAAUAAUAUCUCUAUAGUAAAAUCAUGUAAUUCUAGACUAUCCGAUCUGCUAUCCUGUAGUAAAUCAGAAAGCAUCGUAGAUGAAGUUUAA